GGCAGGCAGACGACGUAAAAGUAUCCUUGAGAGCCCGUAAACGCCCUCAAGUCAGACAUCAUGGAUCCCGCGAGACUCGCCAAGCUGCAACAAUCCGUCCGUAUCGGCGGCAAGGGAACUCCCAGACGCAAGAUCCAGAAGAAAGCGAAGGGUUCCGGUGUUGAUGACAAGAAACUCCAAGCUACCCUCAAGAAGCUGAACGUCCAGCCCAUUGCUGGCAUUGAGGAGGUCAACAUGUUCAAGGAGGAUGGAACUGUUCUUCACUUUGGACGUCCUACAGUGCACGCCGCUGUGCCUUCCAACACCUUCGCCGUGUACGGCCGUGGUGAGGACAAGGACUUGACUGAACUUGUUCCUGGUGUUCUCAACCAGCUUGGUCCCGACUCUCUUGCUUCCCUGCGGAAGUUGGCCGAGUCAUACCAGCAAAUGAGUGCUGCUCAACAGGCUGGCGCCGCUGGUGGUGCUGCCGCUGUUGAGGGUGCUAAGGAGACAGAGGGCGACGAUGAUGACAUUCCCGACCUUGUCGAGAAGUUUGACGAGCAAGAUUAAACCUCUCUUACUGACGUAAAAAAUCAUCGCAAUCGUAUAUUCUUCCUGGAUCCUUCUCUUCUUUGAUGCGUAGCCGUAGAUUGAGUCGUG